GAAGCGCCCACUUCAAAACCCGGGGAACGGCAGACAUUGUUGCUCCAUCUGUCCAGGCGCUCAUUGUCCCAAACCUGCAGCCGAAACGCUCCGUCUCGCUCCGGAAGACGCUUUUCCACGGCGGACAGACCGGAUGGAGCCGCCGGGGCAACUUUGGAUCCCGAUCAGCGUCACUUUCACCCGCGGCGUUCAUCUCAUCCGCUCGGCGAAGGCUUUAAACGCAUGGAAAUGAGACGCCCAGAUCGGUUUGGCUCUGAUGAGCGCGGCGUUGUGAGAGGCUGCCGCUCAGUCCGGCGUGCUGGAUGUCUGUGACACAUCCAUGGGCCAGAAGGACCAUGCGGAGGCGGGAACGGCCCACAUCCUGGACCUGGGGCCCGACCCGGAGUACCUCCACGUAGCGGGGGCCGACCGGCAGGCUGGCGGCGCUGACGGACCCCCCGCUAUGGAAGAGCAGGGGGAGAGCUCCGCCGGGAACGCCGCGCCGGGUUCCCCUCCGCCGCCGCCGCCGGAGGAGAGCGGCGGGGGCCACGGGGAGGGGACGUCGGCGCCGCCUCCCACGUACGGUAAAAACAGCCACCAGCCUCUGUGCCGGACUCCGUGCGUGGAUCUGGGCACAGACGGGCCUCCGGAGCCUCCGUCCGAUCCCCCGGCGCCCCCCGCCACGCCGGGAGGGAAGGACUACCGGGCCAAGCUGGAGUUCGCCUUGAAGCUGGGCUACUCCGAGGCGACGGUGCGCCAGGUGCUGUCCAAGCUCGGACCCGACACCCUCAUCAACGACAUCCUGGGCGAGCUGGUCAAGCUGGGCACCAAGUCCGACGGCGAGCAGCCAGCGGCAGCCCUCACCUCCGCCUCCUCCUCAUCGUCGUCUUCGUCGUCUUGCGGCUGCGCCGACGUGCUGGACGGCCAGAGGUCGGACUCGCCGCCGCCCUCGGAGUCUCUCUGCGACCAGGACAACCUGCGGCCGAUCGUGGUGGACGGCAGCAACGUGGCCAUGAGCCACGGAAACAAAGAGGUGUUUUCCUGUCAGGGCAUCCAGCUGGCGGUGGACUGGUUCCUGGAGCGCGGCCAUCAGGACGUCACGGUUUUUGUGCCCGCUUGGAGGAAAGAGCAGUCCCGCCCCGACGCUCCAAUAACAGAUCAGGAGAUCCUGCGGCGCCUCGAGAAGGAGAAGAUCCUGGUGUUCACCCCCUCGCGGCGCGUCCAAGGCCGGCGCGUGGUUUGCUACGACGACCGCUUCAUCGUCAAGCUGGCCUACGAGUCCGACGGCAUCAUCGUCUCCAACGACAACUACAGAGACCUGGCUAACGAGAAGCCCGAGUGGAAGAAGUUCAUCGACGAGCGACUGCUCAUGUACUCCUUCGUCAACGACAAAUUCAUGCCGCCAGACGACCCUCUUGGACGUCACGGUCCCAGCCUGGACAACUUCCUGAGGAAGAGACCCAUCAUGCCUGAGCAGAAGAAGCAGCCCUGUCCAUAUGGGAAGAAGUGCACGUAUGGCCACAAGUGCAAGUACUACCACCCCGAGAGAGGAGCUCAGCCGCAGCGCGCCGUGGCCGACGAGCUGCGAGCCAGCGCCAAGGGCUGCGUGCCCUCCAAGAACCAGGGGGACGCCGGACUGGUCAAGAGCCACAGCGUGCCCGUCGGCACCAUCGAGGCGAAGAACGGCGCUCCAAAAAGGCAGUCGGACCCCAGCAUCCGAGCUCUGUCGUACAGCGACGCCGAGGAGAAGCUGCUGGCGAAAAGCCGGGUAGAGAGCCAGAAGAGCAGCGUGGGCGGGAGCAGCAGCAGCAGCUCUAGCAGCAGCAUCGGUCUAACCGUGUCCUCGGCGCUGGCGGGGCCCUCGUCUGGUUUCAGCCUCCUGCAGGACCAGCAGUCCAGAUCCGGGGCGCAUCUGCCCGCCGCCGGCCACGAUCUCUACCCUCACUGUGAGUCUCCAGACCUGAGCUACUACUCGGUAACGCGGGCCUACUCCGGCCUGAGCCUCUCCGCUCGGCGAAGCCCCGACUGUCGCUACGCCAACGAGCCGGACCCGCGGCACGGCUCCAUGGGCUCCGCGGGUUCUGAGUGUGGCAGUGAAAGCAGCGUGAGCUGUGGCAGCAGCGACUCCUACGGCGACCGGCCCUGUCCCGGGUGCCCCCCCGAGCCUUCGCUGGAAGAAAGCGUUCAUUUCGCCGCCAGCCGCCUGUACCCUCAUCACAUGACCUCUACCCCUGAACUCUGCAGCCUGCACGCCGCCGAUUACCCCAGCAUGCCGCACAGCCACGGCGCUAACCCCUACCAUCUGAGCGCCGCGUGCGGGCCGAGCUGCGUUCACGACCAGCCCCCACCAGACGGACCCCCCAAGCGGCCCCUCUACCCGUUGCCCCCGCACCUCCAACACCAGCCCCUGGCGGCCCGCUCCAGCUGCCCCGGCGACUAUCACUCUCUGCCUCAGUCCAGCCGCCAGCCCCCCGGCUCCCCCGUCGGCCGCUGCCUGGCCCCCACGCGGGCAGAGAGCGUCUCUGACUCGCAUCUGUACGAGCAUCUCUCUGCACAUCACCAUCGGGGGAAAGCUCUGCCCGGCUGGGAGUCGUACUACCGACCGCCGUCGCGGUACGAGCCGUCGACCUAUCAGAGCCUGCCUGACACGCACCAGCCGCCUUGGCACCCCCCGCCGUGGCCUCAAGAGGGCUACGGCCAGCACCACUCGUCUCACCCGGCUCUGCACCCGUCCCCGACUCGUUACCUGGGCCACCCGCUGCCACCGGCCCUCCCGCCUCACCCGCCUUACCCCCCCCACGGCUCCCAUCUGGCGCCUCCCUCGCACCCUCCGCCGCCGUACCGGCCGCCGCACCCCGAGUCCCCCGUGCACGGCCGCUAUGAAGACGCGAGGGAGAAGGCGUACGUGAACCUCUGCAACAUCUUCCCCCCAGAGCUGGUGAGGCGCGUGAUGGCCAGGAGCCCCCACGUCACGGACCCCCAGCAGCUGGCGGCCGCCAUCUUGGCAGAGAAAGCUCAAAGCGGCUACUGAAAGCACCUGUAGCGCUGUAGGUGAACUUUGAUAACAAAUAGAUUGAAGGUGAUCAGAAACGCAGCGAAGGUUUGCUGCUGUGUCUGUCCAAAGGAACCCGUUUGCUUUAGCAUCCGAAUCACAACGCUACGUGCUGCUCCGUUUCUGACUGUAAUGAGCAAUUAUUGAACAUGUAUAAUACAUGUAUGUAAUACUCUGGCUUCACCCUCUGACCUAAAUCAACGUUUUAACAUUUUACUAGGUUGUUAAACCACUAAUUUUUCUCUCUACACUGCAAAAACAGAUCUAAAAAUAAGUAAAAUGUUCUUAAAGUUUGUGUUUUAAUCCUUGAUUUGAGCAGGU